UUCGUCUUCCGCGAGAACAGGGUACCGCGGUACCAGCGACUCUUCGCACGCCAUGAUAAGCUCCGUAUCUGGCAAAAGAGCCCCCGGGCCCCGUUUGUCCUCUACCCGUACUACCUCUUGACGGCAGUCUCUCUUGGUGGGUCGAUGUACAUGAUGGGCCGCAUGGUUAUGGGCCACAAGACCUGGUUCGGAAAGGACUAG